UACCAUAAAACUAUACCAUACCAUAUAUAUGAUAGUAGGCAAAGAACUAAUUCUGGCCCAAAAGAAUCGCCUGAUUUAUUGAGUUAUUUAAAACCCCCAGGGUUGAUUCUUGCAAAAACAAAACGUUUUAGUUUAGCCUUAGAACUUAAAUUAAAUCCCCAGAGUGGUCCAUAUGGAUGAUGCUAUAUCAUAACAUAUGUAUUUAUGAUACUAGCCCUAUAACCAUAACUAUAACCUCUUAGAAAGUCAUGUGAUUCUCGCGAUUAUUUGAGCCGAGUUGAGUAAUUUUUACAAAAACAAAAAAGGUUUUAGUUUAGCCUUACAACUACAAUCAGCAGACUGGUCCAUAUAGAUACCAAAUUAAUGAUAGCAGACAUAAAACUAUUUUUGGUCACCAAGAAAAUCAUGUGAUUUGCUAGUCGUCUGUUAUUUAUUUUAUAGCAUCAGCUAAAAAAAUCGCAUAGGUUGCAACUCUCUUGUAAACACAAAAUGUGUUCCAUUGCUCCAUUGACUUCCCGUUUGGCCUCGCCGUUGUGUUUAUUAAUUAAUUUCACUCGUAAAAAUCGUAAAGCAAACAAGCAAUAGAGGGGGAAGCUAGCUCUCGAUACACAGCCAACGACAAUCGCUACAACAAUUACAAUUGCAAGCGGGCAACGAGCGGGCAAAUAAAUAUUUAUAGAUGGCUAAACUCUGUCGGCCUAAAACAGUGCCAGCCACAAGUGUGUGUACCGAUGGGCUGAAAGUGCACCGGAGCCGAGCCCUUAGUGGGAUGAUCCAGCCUGAAAUGGAUUCCAAGGGCUUUUGGUCGGCCUGCGGUUGUGUUGUCCUUCAUUGCCUUGUCACCAUCCCGCUUACCAGCCACACGUGGUGCAACACAACGGGCCGCUAUCUCUCGACGGGGUCAUAAACGCCGUAAAUGCCCAAUGAUGGCGAUGGCGAUGGCUCACCAAAACACAGAGCUUGUGUGGUUUCAUUUCGGCCUUUAAUUCAUCGACGGCCGGCAGACGGUGAAGACGUGUGUGUUCCGACCGCCCAAAAGCAGCACAUUCGCUGAAUCUCAAGAGGGCCCGAUUAGGCCAAGUUAUUAUCAGUCUCAGCCGGAGCGAUUAGAUGUGCGAUAAGGGAUUGCCGGCGAAACUAACUUAGCACCUGUAACCACCACCUGCCAUUCGCAAUGGCCACCUUGGGCGCCUGGGACUACACCAUCCUGGCGGUGGUGCUGGUCAUCUCCGUGGCCAUUGGCAUCUAUUAUCGCUUCGUGGGCGGCAGGCAGAGCACCACCACCGAAUACCUUCUGGCGGAUCGCUCCAUGGGCGUAACUCCGGUGGCCUUCAGCCUGAUGGCCAGCUUCAUGUCGGCCAUUACCAUACUGGGCGUAUCCAUGGAGAACUAUCAGUACGGCACCAUGUUCGUGGUGAUCAACCUGUCGUAUGUGUUGUCCACGCCGGUGGCCGCCUAUCUCAUCAUUCCGGUCUUCUAUCGCCUGAAGGCGGCCAGCGUAUACGAGUAUCUGGAGCUACGCUUCGGCUAUGCCACCCGACUGGCCGCCUCGCUCAGUUUCACGCUGCAGAUGGUCCUCUACAUGGGCAUUGUGGUGUACGCCCCGGCCUUGGCCCUGGAGGCUGUGACCGGACUGAAUCAGGUCUUCUCCAUCGUAAUCGUUGGCGUCGUGUGCACCUUCUAUGCCACGCUUGGCGGAAUGAAGGCCGUACUCAUCACGGAUAUCUAUCAGUCGCUACUCAUGUUCGCCUCCGUAUUCUGCGUGAUCAUUUGCGCCUGGGUGAAGGCCGGCAGCUUGGAGGAGAUAUGGCGUGUGGCACAGGAGAACGGCCGCAUCGAUUUCAGUAACUUCAGUGUGGAUCCCACGGAGCGACACACGUGGUUCACCCAGAUCCUGGGCGGCAGUGCCACCUACCUGGCCAUCUAUGGGGUGAACCAAGCGCAGGUUCAGCGCCUGAUGUCGGUGCGAAGUUUGAGUGCCGCUCGGGCAGCCCUGUGGUGGUGCCUGCCCAUCCUGUGCCUGCUGAGCGUGAGCACUUGCUUCUCGGGACUGUGCAUCUACUGGUACUACCGCGACUGCGAUCCGGUUCUGGAGGGACGGGUCAACUCACGCGACCAGGUGAUGCCGCUCUUCGUCGUGGACACAAUGUCGCAGUACACCGGCCUCGCCGGACUCUUUGUGUCGGGGAUCUUUUGCGCCAGUCUCUCCACGAUUAGUUCGAUAAUCAGCUCACUGGCGGCCGUCACGCUGGAGGAUUACCUCAAGCCGCUGGUUAGCUGCUGCGCCAAACGCACGCUCACCGAUCGCCAGACGCUGUGGUACUCCAAGUUGCUGUCGCUAUUCUUUGGAGCCCUGUGCAUCGGUAUGGCCUUCAUGGCGGGAUCCAUUGGAGGACUUCUGCAGGCGGCACUCUCAAUCUUCGGCAUCAUCGGCGGUCCGUUGCUGGGACUCUUCACGCUGGGCAUGUACGUGACCAGGGCCAACGAAAAGGGAGCCAUCGGAGGGUUGCUCAUCUCGCUGGCAUUCUGCCUGUGGAUCGGUUUCGGGCAGCCAAAACCACCGCUGGUCAGCUUGGAUAUGUCCACGGCCCACUGUCCCGUGAAUAGAAGCUAUACCGGGGAUAUUUUCUUAAAAGCUGCGAAUGCCGAGAAGCCUGAGACUGGAGAUGAUCAUUACUUUUACCUGUACAGGAUCAGCUACAUGUGGUACGCUGCCCUGGGCUUUCUGGUUGCCUUCUUCGGCGGAUGGCUGUUGUCCUGGCUGUUUGAGCUCCUUAAAUGGGAUAACAAUCAUCGCAUCUACCAGGAUGCGGAGUGUAAGCUUAUUAAGCACGAUCUCUUCGUGCCGCCGCUGGCCAAACGAUUGCAACGGCGACAGAUGCCACUGCUGGUGGUCACCGGCACCAGCUCGGAGAUUGGAGGCAUCCCGGCGGAGACGGUGGAGACAGCACCGCCGCCGACGCGUCUGGACGAGAUCGAGUGGGAGAAACACAAGGCUGUGGCGUAGCUCAGCAAACAUUUAGCUGCAGAGUUAGUUUUAUAUUGGGAAACCACAUCAAAUCACAAAUCAAAUAGGAACAAAAUUGGCUGUUUUUUUUUUUUUUUUUUUAUAAAUGGUUAAGUUUAAUAGCAGCAUAUUAUCAUUGCAGAUGUUUUACAAACUAAUUGUCAUACAAAAACAAAAAAAAAAUGGUUUUUAAUAUGUGAAAGUGCAUCAAAUUGAACAAAUCAUAUCAGAAUAUUAUAUAGAUGCCGUCUGCGAGGGUAAUCCAAUCUUAUCCUGCCAAAGAGUACUAGCCUUUUUCUCUUGUCACAUUUUAUUAACCGAACUUUGGCUUUAAUAAAAGGGGCUUCUAUGCUAACGCAUUAAGCGAUUAAACUGAA